UUUCUCAAGAAAACGACCAUCAGUGGAACUUCCUGGGACUUUAUUGGGAGUGUUUUGAACCUGACUUCCUUGUGUUGGCUGUGCAAAGUGCAUUUCUCACUUCCCCUUAAGGAAACCGGCUCAGGAAAUGUGUCAAGAAACGUUAUUUAUUACAGAGAACCAGUUUGGCUGAGAAUAUGAACCAUGUCGGGGAAACCACGCAGGAUUUUAGUGAAAUGUAACCUGUCUGAUCCUACAGAUGAGAACAAUGGUGGCAGCAGGUUGGAUCUGCUUUCUUUAUGCUCUGCUGUCUUUGGAAUUCGCUGAAGCACACAACCACAGUGAGGAGACAGACUCCUUCCAUGUGAGCGUGGGCCACUUGUUCCUGCUGAAGUGCUACAGCGCUGAUGUUCACUCUGAGGUGAUCUGGAGCCGUGGAAACAACAGCAGUCUGCCUAGUGGAGUGGAGCUCAGGGACGGGUUACUGUUGUUUCUACCAGUGCAGACAUCCCAUCAUGGAACCUACACCUGUGAGCAAAGGAAUGACACCAAAUCACGGAGGAUGACCUUUAGGGUGUUGGUCUCCAGUGAAAACUGUACUGAUCCACCUGAGGUCAGGUCCAUCCAAAACGGAACCAGUGGAAGUCUUUAUUGUAAACAGGAUGAAAUCUUAAAAUUGAACAACACGUGGAACGUACGAUGGAUGAAGGACUGCCAACCGAUGCAGCGGGAAGGAGAGCCCAUCUCUGUGGACAGACGAGGCAACAUGAUGCUGCCGGAGGCCUCAGAGAGCGACGCUGGAAAGUACACCUGCCUGGUGGACAUUAAUUUAAAUGGAAGAACGUACACGGCUUCUCGCAGCGUGCAGCUCACUAUUACUGAUGACCCUGUGAUUAUUGGUACUGUCAAAGUGAGGGAACCUCAACACCAAGUUGUCAGGGUUAAAGUCGGUGAGAGAGUACAGCUGAACUGUUCGGCCUACACAGGCUUCGCUGAGGAUUAUGAGACUUCAAUUUACUGGACUGUUAAUGAUUCCUUCAGUGAAGAUCACAAGGAGCUCAACGUGUCCUCGAAAUAUUUUCACGAAAGAGGCAAAGUGUACUUUCAGUCCACUCUGACCAUCUCUGAAGUCCGUCGUCAGUUCCUCAAUGUUCCUAUUAAAUGCAUUAUAUGGAACCCAUUUGAAAAAGAUGAAGGCGUGGCCUUUCUUCAAGAAGGUGACCACACUGCCCUCUACAUGACUGUCUCUGCCUUCCUGGUUACUUUGGUCCUGGUUACUCUGGUCCUGGCUACUUCCUUCUACUUCCUUAAAGUUGACCUAGUUUUGGCCUACAGGAAACUACUGAGACAUUUUCCUAAAGAACAAGUUCUAGAUGGAAAGCUCUACGACGCCUACGUGAGCUUCCUCCAUUCUGACAACCUGAGUGCAGAUGUGACGGCGAGCUUCGCCCUGAACAUCCUGCCUGAGGAGUUGGAGGACCAACAUGGCUACUUGCUAUACAUCAGAGGACGGGACGACUGUCCUGGAGAAGCGAUGCAUGAUGCCAUUGCUGCUACAGUGCACCAAUGCCGCAGACUGAUAAUCGUCCUGUCUUCUGAUACCAUAACAAGGGAGAUGUCACCCUUACAUGAGAACCAAAACCAGCUGUGCUAUGAGCAGAAAGUUGGCAUUCAUGACGCUUUGACACAGAAUGAUCCCCGAGUGAUUCUGGUGGAAAUCGAUGGUCCUGUGGAUUACAAUCAUCUGCCAGUGUCUCUGCGCUAUAUAAAGAGGAAACAAGGAGCUCUAAAAUGGAAGAAAGAUUUCCUUGGAACUCAGAAACUCACCAAAUUACACUCCAACAGAAACUUCUGGAAGAACCUCAGAUACCACAUGCCCCCAGUGCCAGCAAGAAGACUUCAGACUGUUGUUUAAACUAAGUGGAAAAAUUUCGAAACAGAGAUAUUUUGUUUACAUUAAGACAUUCGGGCCUGUUUCCUGGAACUCACUAAUUCUUCAGUUCUUCAUCUGUAAUUCGUCAUCAUCUUAAUUCAGUAACACAAGGACAAGGCCGGAGUACCCAAAGAACAGCCACGCAUGCACAGGGAGAACAUGUAAACUCCAUGCAGAAAGAUCCCCGAAAGACCGGACGCAAACCGAGGAUCUUUUAGCUGCAAGGUGAAAGUGCUAACCACCAAGCUACUGUGCAGCCCAACAUUGUAGACUAACUGGACUGAGCACCUGCACAGUGAUUUUCAUAAUCUGUGUAAUAAGGAUGGAAAAAACAUUUACUGUAAUUCUUACUGGAGCAAAACAGGAAUGAUACAGCUGUGUUUAACAGCUUAUUCCUCGGUUCUUGCUUUUUAGAUCUACAGGUUUAACACCAAGGACACCAAUAUUGUCUCUGUUUGUUACAUCAAUCACAAGAGAUGUUUUUCAUGCUUAAUAAGCUAAUGUAUGUGUUUAUUGUGUGACAAUAUGGAGUGUCCUGAAGUAUUUGAAGGAAUAUUUAUUUUUAUAUUGACAAGAUUGCUGUAGAUUUGUACACAUAGUACUAAUGUUUGUCUUUUUUUAAACUAGAAACUGACAUAGGCUUGUAUUUACAUUGCCUUUUUGAUGUACUAUUGUAUUCUGUGAAUAUCAACCUUAACACAUGUGACCUUAUUUUCUGUUGUCUGAGUCUUUGUGACCGAGUGAAAUGCACUCAUCUUGUAGAUAAAGAUGAACAAUGUUUAAAUUAAGAUUCCAGUUAUUUCAAAUUCCACUAAUAACAAGGUGCUCUGAGAAAAAGCAGUUUUAGUGCCAAAUGUUGAUGAUUGACUUAAUAGUCCUGCCAUCAGAUCUGUGGCUGUAUGUCUCGGACACUCGGAUGAAGAGAUGAGCCGAGCUGAGUUGGAUCCAACGGCAGGGAAGGCUGCCGGACAGACCUGGUAAACCCAAACAUGUAGUAAGGGUGAACUGGGAGUGCCUGGAAGAGGCCCCUGUCCGAGGGAUUUUUAACUUUCACCUCUGGAAGAGUUUCUCCUGCAUCCUGAGGGAAGUUGGGACAUGGACUGUGAGUGAGCCAUGAUCAAAGCCUCCGUUGCAGAAGCGGAUGUUAGGAGCUGCAGCCAGAAUCAUCUGCACCUAAUAAUGGCAUCUAAUACAAUUGCAAUCAUACAGAGUUUCUCUUAUUUAGAAUCACUGGGAUAGGCUCCAGCACCCCCCCUAGUGAGGAUUAAGCAGUGUAUAGAGAAUGGAUGGAUGGAUGGAUGAUACAAAUGGGGUGGACAGAAUAAUGAAAAAAAGUACAUUAUACAAAAUGAUGAUCAUAGUCAAAACCUCACAGUAGACUGCACUGGUUUUUGCUAUGUGUA